CCGCGGGCGGGCGGGCGGGACACACGGCGACUAGUGGGUGGCGAGGCUGAGAAGCGGCGCUGUGUGUGUGUACACCUCUCUCUCUGUCUCUGUGCCCUGGCCCUGCCUCCCAUCCCAUCCCCACCCCUGCACCUGAGCCUCCCCGAGCGGCAGAGCAGAGCAGAGGAGAACAGAGGAGAGAGCGACCUGGAGCGAGGAGCCGGGAACCUGCGCUGCCGUCCCGCUCCAGAGACUCGAGCACAAAGUCUGCGGUGACGCUCGAGUGCCGCGCUAAGCGAGCACCUUGUUGGUGAAGUGCCGUCUUCACUUGGGGCCUUAAUCCUCAGCCCCAUCACUUCCCAGCACGAGUCAAAGAGCAGGGGGAAGUCUGUUCCACUGUCAGCCUCGUGGCACCGGACGCCAGCAUGGUGCCCAGCAGCCUAGGGUUCGUCCUGCUCGUGGUGUGGGCAUUGGCCAGUCCUCGCUGUGCCGACGCACGGGCACUGACCCAGCGGGGAGAUGCCGCAGGGGAAGUUUUCCUGGAUGAAGAUGAAGCUGCACUCUUCCUGGGCCGGAGGCUGCUCUACAAUAGUUGGGAUUUUGAGUUCAUCACUCCGGGGGAUAUUGAGCGUGAAUGCUACGAGGAGGUGUGCAACUUUGAGGAGGCACACGAGGUGUUCGAGAACAACGAGCAGGCGCUGGCGUUCUGGAACAAGUACAAGGAGAGCCAGCAGCCAGGAAGCCCCACUGCCCACAGGUUUGAUGUGGCCGGUCUGGUGGCCGGACUGAUUGGCGGCUUCAUCGUGCUCAUCCUGGCCGGGCUCCUCGUCGUCUACUUCUGCAAACGCGACGGCAAGCGCACAGACAGACCUCCGACCUACCGCGGGCAAGCCCAGGACAUGAGCCGGCCACCUGCCGAGGGGCCAGGGGAGGAGGUGCCCCUCGCCACUCUGGGUGACGAUGCACCGGCACUGCCCUCCUACGAGGAUGCUCUCCGGAGAGCGGGCCAUCACGACGCCUCGCCACCUCCCUACGCAAGUGGGUCUACGCGGGAGCAUCAGCCCAGCUGAAACAUGGACUUCCAUCCCGACUCCACUCCUGGUUUCCACAGAAUCCCAGUGGGAAGAGGCGAAGCUGGCCAGUGUUUCAAGCAUCACGGGACAUGAUGGGGGGUGGGAUUGGGGGAGGUGGUGGGAGAUGCUGGAAUAAUGAGGCCCAGGACUAAUCCUGGACAAACUGCAGGGUGCAGCGAGCCCUUCCUCCCUCCCUCGCACACACUCCUGCCCCUCCUCUCUGUGAAUAUUCCUCACUUCAAGCUGAUCGUCCUGUGAUCUCUCUCUCUCUCUCCCCCCCCCCCCCCCUCUCCCCCUCUCCCCUUUACCCAUGGCCGGGACAGCCAACUGCUCUGCUGCAGUGUAGGCGGCACGGUGGUGCAGCGGGUGGAGCCGCUGCCUCACGGCGCCAGAGACCCGGGAUCGAUCCUGACCUCGAGUGCUGUCUGUGCGGAGUUUGCAAGCAUCUCCUUGUGACCUCGUGAGUUUCCAUCCGAGUGCUCCGGUUUCCUCCCGAAUCCCAAAGACGUACAGGUUUGUAGGUUCAUUGGCUUCUGCAAAUUGCCCCUAGGAUGUGGGAUAGAACUAGUGCACAGAUGUUUGCUGGUCGGCGUGGACUCGAUGGGCCAAAGGGCCUGUUUUCUCGCGGUUCAAUCAUGCUCAAGAAUACUCUGCCUGGAUUUAUUUCCAUGGGCUUCUAGUGUCCACUAGUGUGGCAGAAUGAUUCCUCACAUCCUCCCCCCCAUCCCACACCUUCCCUGCCCCCCCAUCCCCCACUGCUGGAUCCAGGUGAGAGGGGUAGUCUCCGAGAAUUUGCAAUCAGGAUAUCUCUGUGAAUCUGUGCGUACUUACUUUCAAGAACGAGUCCACGUAAUUGUACCGUGCAUUAUAAACACUCCGAGACUUCCAUCUUGUUGGUGGGAGUUUCCAUGGUUACCGGGCCUAGUCCGUGACUGCUCCGAUCCUGGGCCUAGCCUGAAUGAUGGGCAACAAGGCUUUUCUAAUUAACAA